GCAUGGAGCUGCUGCCCCGCAGCCCCAGGGAGUUCGGCUCUGCCCGGUACUGGGAUCGGUUCUUCCGGCAGCGCGGGCAGCGCUCCUUCGAGUGGUACGGGGCUUUCCCCGAGCUCUGCCCCGUCCUGCGCAAGUAUGUCCGGCCACGCGAUAAGGUUCUGGUAGUGGGCUGUGGGAACUCGGAACUGAGUGAGCAGAUGUAUGAUGUGGGGAUGUGCGAGGACAUUGUGAACAUCGACAUCAAUAAUGCGGUAAUCCAUCAAAUGCAAGAGCGGAGCAGGAGCAAGAGGCCGAAGAUGAGCUAUCUGCUGAUGGAUGUGCUUCAGAUGAACUUUCCUGAUGCUCACUUUCAUGUGGUCCUGGACAAAGGCACACUGGAUACUAUCCUCACUGAUGAAGAGGAGGCCACUCUAGCUAAGGUGGAUAAGAUGUUUGGUGAGAUCAACCGGGUCUUGCAGGUAGGAGGGCGCUACCUCUGUGUUUCCUUGGCUCAAGCCCAUGUGCUGAAGAAAGCAGUCGAAUACUUCUCCCAGGAAGGCUGGGUUGUGCGUGUCCAUCAGGUGGCUGACAGUGGGGACAAGCAGCAGUUUGUCCUACCAGUCUUCAUCUACGUCAUGACGAAGUUCAGGAAGAUCACUGGCUCGGCACCACAGAUCCUGGAGAUCUGCUCUGAGGAGCAGGACAAGCCCAUGCGGCUGGAGAGUGUGGAGCGGCUGGUGGCAGCAGUGAAGGACAGGCAGCAUUAUGCCCUGCUCUGCAGCCAGCUGAGCAAAACACCUUGUGAGGAGCAGGUUUCCGUGGAUCUGUGUGACAGAGAGAGCGGGAGGCCUCGCUACACGCUGCAUGUGGUUGACAGCUCCUCAGUGAAACCUUCCCAGGACAAUUCCUUCGCCAUCUUCAUCAUCCCACAGGGCAGAGAAACGGAGUGGCUCUUUGGGACAGAGGAAGGGCGGAGGCAGCUGGCCACCAGCGCGGGCUUUGGACGCCUGGUCACAGUGGCCCUGCACAGGGAACAGCACUACGAGGGCAUGGCCAGCAUCCAGUCGGAGCUAUCAGGAAAAGUGAUGGAACUGGCCCCUCCGGGCCUCCCUGCCCGGCAGCAGGUGCCCUUUUUGUCUGUGGGAGGGGACAUUGGGGUGCGGACAUUGCGGCACUGUGACACCAGCCCCCUGAGUGGGGAGUAUGUUGUGGAGGAUGUGAAGGGGGAUGGCACUUGCUACUUCCGUCGCCUCAUCUUCCUCAGCAAUAGGAACGUGGUCCAGUCUGAGGCUCGGCUCCUGGCCCGCACCCCUCUCCCAGGCCAGAAGAAACGGAGGAAGGACAAGAAGAAGCCCAGCCUUGCUGAGCCACCUGGAGCCAUUGACAAGAGCUACCUGUGCUGCGAGCACCACAAGGCCAUGGUUGCAGGGCUCUGCUUGCUGGGGGGCCCUGACCCCCUUUCAGGAGCCCUGCUGGCAGUGCUGGUGGUGGGGCUUGGAGGGGGCAGCCUGCCCCUCUUCAUCCAUGACUACUUCUCGCAGGCCUGUGUGGCCGUGGUGGAGAUUGACCCCUCCAUGCUGGAGGUGGCCACACGUUGGUUCGGCUUUUCCCAGGAUGACCGGAUGCGGGUGCACGUCUCUGAUGGCCUGGACUAUGUGACCAAGCUGGCAGCUGAAGCCUCAGCCCAGUACGAUGCCAUCAUGUUUGAUGUGGACAGCAAAGACCUCACAGUGGGGAUGAGCUGCCCGCCCCCAGCCUUUGUGGAAAAGCACUUUCUGCAGAAGGUUAAAGCCAUCCUCAAGCCAGAAGGAGUCUUCGUGCUCAACUUGGUGUGCCGCGACGCCCAGCUGAAGGAGUCAGUCCUGGCCACCCUCAGGGAGGUCUUCCCGCUGCUCUACGUGCGGCGCAUUGAAGGGGAGGUCAAUGAGAUCCUGUUCUGCCAGCUCAGCCCUGAGAGCCAGUGGGACCCCCCAGAGCUGGGGGCACGUGCCCGGCUGCUGGAGGGGUCUCUGCGGCAGCCUGGGCGCCCCUGGGACAACUCAUACGUGCUGGCAGACAUGCUGCAGGCUGUCAAGAUCCUCUGAGAGGGGCUGUGAUGCCACUUGAACGGGAGAGUCCUCACUUGGGUGCUGUGGCCCCGUAGCAGAGGGGUGCCCAUGGCUGGGACUGCUGCCCCCAGUGGGCUGCUGCUGGCCUAGGUGUAUCUGAAGGAUGUGACUGGCAUAGGGAGGCACUCCCUGGGAAGGGAUCCAGGACCCUGGAAGGCUGUGCAGCCCAAGGGGCAGUGUUGGGGUGGUGAGAAGAAGGUGCUGCAGGACUGUGGGUUUGGGUCUAUCCCUAUUGUUUUUCCAUUGUGGGGGAAAAUGUCCCUCUGACUGUUCCCUUCCCCUCCAGCACAGCUCCUUCCCUCCGAUGCUGCCUUGCCUCACCCUCAGCAUCCCUGGUCACUAGUGUUUGUUCAGAGCCCUCAGCCCUGCCCUAAGCCUGAUUGUUAAUGUGUGUGGGUGCACUGGGAGUGGUGAAAAUAAAAGUGCUCAGGGCUGCUUCAAGGCCCUCAGUGCUUUGCUAGGCUUAUUUCUGGAGUGUUCACCACCCCUGAAAAGGUACAGUCACCUCCACUGCUCAAGGGCACAUUCUGGGGGCAGCCAGCUGCCCACUGUACUGCACUGCCCAUUCACCACUUUUCCCCAAACUGUACCCUGCUAUGUACCUGCCCCUUUUCUGCAUCUCUUCAGCCAUUGCUACUGUUAACUGUAACCCCUUAUGUUUCCAACCCUUUUUCAUGCCCCUGGGCCAGCAGGGACCCAGCCCUGUGUUUUUUCCCCUGGGCACACCAAACUGCUUGCCCAGCUGGCACAGGUCAGCUUUCUCACAGGAUGAGAAGGAUGUGCAUUGCUUUCCCCUGUCCUGGUCCAGCAUCCCAUUUCUGCCCAGGUGGCUUAUUUUAUUCUUCCCCAGAGUUUCAAAGCCUGGUCUUUCACUGUGAAGUUUUAGCUUAACAGCUGACCCAUGCAUCCUGGCUGGUUACAGAGCAGCUGACCCGCUGGUGCUCCCACAUUCAUCAGAAGCUAUUUGGGAGGGGGGCUCUUCUUUCUUCCUUACAACAGCAGGUACCAACAUGAGUCAGAUAUGUUAACCAAAGUGGCUGGCUUGUAGACAUCAAGGUAACAACCUUCUCAGGCACCAUGCAGCUUUGACACUGACCCAGUACCCUCACCCCAUAUUUUCUUCUGCCUCUGGCAUCCUGCGCAAGAGCAUCUUUCAGAUAGCUGCUUCCCAAAGCAAACCCUUUCCAGCCACCUUUCCACAUCCCACGGUGGUAACAACAUACCAGAAGCAGCUCAGAGAGGGAUCUGACCUAGCUGUUGCCACAAAGGCAACAGCAGCCUCAUCUCAGCAUCACUGCCAGAACCAUCUCACCAGCUUUGCAGGU